UCCUCCAUCCCUCCUCCAUCCCUCUGCUCACUCCUCCAUCCCUCCUCCAUCCCUCCUCCAUCUCUCUGCUCACUCCUCCAUCCCUCCUCCAUCCCUCCCCGCACCCUGCGCCCAUCCCCGGCCGCCGGUGCCGCUCCUGCGGGGGAUGGCGGAGCGGCCGCGUUUCCUCUGCGGCGCGGUGGAAGGUUUCUAUGGCAGACCCUGGUCAAUGGAUCAGAGGAAACUUCUCUUUCAAUGGCUGCAGCAGCGGGGGCUGAACUGCUACAUGUACGCACCCAAGGAUGAGCUGAAGCACCGGCUGCUCUGGAGAGAGCCCUACACAGAGCAUGAGGCAGCCCGCAUGCGGUCUCUCAUCGAGGCUGCCCACGAACGGGGGGUGGAGUUUAUUUUCGCCAUUUCUGCCGGCCAGGACAUGGUGUUUUCCAGCGCUGGGGAUCGCCUCCUGCUGCAGCAAAAACUCAGGCAGGUGGCCGCCCUGGGGUGCCGCUCCUUCGCGCUGCUCUUCGACGACAUCGACCCCUGCAUGUGCCAGGCUGACAGAGAUGUCUUCCCCUCCCUGGCACAGGCUCAGGCCUCUGUGGCCAACCAGGUGUACCAAGAGCUGGGCCAGCCCUCAGUCUUCCUCUUCUGCCCUACAGAGUAUUGCAGCUCACUGUGCUCUCCCAGCCCCAGCCAGUCCUGCUACCUGCAGACCAUUGGGCAGGAGCUGCUCCCAGGGAUCGCUGUCAUCUGGACAGGCCCCAAGGUGGUGUCCCAGGAGCUGUCAGCAGAGCUGCUGGAGGAGGUGGAGGCCGUCCUGAGGCGCCCUCCCGUCAUCUGGGACAACCUCUACGCCAACGACUAUGACUGCAGACGAGUCUUCCUGGGCCCCUACAUGGGCCGAGCUCCUGGCCUCAUGGCCAGGCUCCAAGGGCUGCUCCUCAACCCCAACUGUGAGCUCCAGGCCAACUUCAUCCCCAUCCACACGCUGGGCACCUGGUUUGGGAGCGAGCUGGGGAGCUGUGCCCACCCUGAGCACACAGGAAUGGAGGGAGCCCUGGGGGACAGCCAAGGAGCUCAGGAUGGAAGCUACAGCCCGCAGGAAGCCUUGGAGCUGGCUCUACGUGACUGGGUGGCUGAGAUAAACCAGCAAGCCUUGGAGCCAGGAGGAAGGACCCCAGCACAGCCCAGUGUCAGCCUCAAGGGAGGACCAAAGCUGCAACCUGGCACAGCAGGAGGACAGGAGGGCACCCCUGACCCUCAGCCCCACAGCUCUGCUCCUGGUGGGGCAGACCAGCACAGCCCUGAGCCCUGCAGAGAGGCACCAGAGGAGGGGUGCAGGGAGGUGACCUCAGCCAGGACACCCCCUGGCCACCAGCAGAGCCCUACUGGGGACCAGCUCACCACCACAGGGAGCUGUGAACCCCCCUCUGCUCUGCCCAGCAUGGAUGGGAGUGCCCAGUCUGCAGGAACCACAGAGGCCACCCAGAACCUCCCCAGCCCUACCAUGAGCUCCAGCAGUGGGGCCAACACCAGUCAGAACAUCUCCCUGCCCACCAGUGAUGCCAGGACAGGGGAUGGCAGCCCCGUCCACUCUCCCAGCAGCACCCAGCCUGAGGCCAUCAGGACUGAUGUGCCCCAGACACCCCCAGGACCUGGGGAUGGUGCCAGCCCUGGUGCCACAGCCCCACUGGCUGAUGAGGUUGGUGCUGGGCCUGGUCCCAUGGCACCGGUGACCCCAAAGGAGGCUGAAUCUGGCCCCAUGUCCCCCAAAGAUGCCAGGACCAACCCCACAGCAAAGAUGACCCCAGAGGAGCCCAGGACCAGCCCCAUGGCAUCAGUGACCCCAAAGGAGGCUGAGUCUGGCCCCAUGGCCCUCAAGGAGGCUGGGUCUGGCCCCAUGGCUCCCAAGGAGGUCAGGACCAGCCCCACAUCCCAGGUGGCCCCAGAGGAGGCUGAAUCUGACCCCAUAACCCUUAAGGAGGCCAGGACCAGCCCCACAUCCCAGGUGGCCCCAAAGGAGGCUGAAUCUGGCCCCAUAACCCUUAAGGAGGCCAGGACAAGCUCCACACCGCAGGUAACCCCAAAAAAGGCUGAGUCUGGCCCCAUGGCCCUCAAGGAGGCCAGGACCAGCCCCGCAUCCCAGGUGACCCCAGAGAAGGCCAGGACCAGCCCCACAUCCCAGGUCACCCCAGAGGAAGCCAGGACCAGCCCCACCUCACAGGUGACCCCAGAAGAGGCUGGAUCUGGCCCCAUGACCCUCAAGGAGGCCAGAGCCAUCCCCACAUCCCAGGUAACCCCAGAGGAGCCCAGGACCACCCUCACAGCACCAAUGACCCCAAAGGAGGCCAGACCCCACCCCACAGCACCCCUGACCCCAGAGGAGGCCAUGCCCAGCCCCACAUCACCCCUGACCCUGGAGGAGGUGCGGAUGCUGGUGGAGCUCUUCUACCUGCCCUACCAGCACGGGGCUCUGGCACAGCAGCUCCUGGAGCACUUUCGGUGGCUGCGAGCCAACAGCCUCAGCGUGGGGGUCCCGGACACAGCUCCUGAUGCCUGUGGGGUCACGCAGUGGCGGGGCCGGGCUCGCUCCUUCCAGCAGCUCUGCGCCCGGACGUGCCGCCUGCACAGCCGCCUGGUCAGCACGGCCGGCAGGGCACUGCUCUACGACCUGCACCCCUACCUGUGGGACAUCCGGAACCUGCUGCUGGCUGCCAGCGCCUUCGUCCUCUGGCUGGAUGGUCACCUCCUGUGCGACCCUGACCCCAAGGGCACCUGGGGGAGCUGCUUUGGCUGGUGCCAGAGCAUCAGCGCCCCGAUGCUGCUGGGGAGGGACGCCGAGCCCUGGGCGCGCCGUGGGGGCCUCUUUGGAGAGCUGCAGGCAUUGCUGCCCGUGGGGAACAGCUGUGACCUUUUCUACCAUCCACCCCCGCUGUUCCCGUCCAGCCAGCUGUACCUGCUGCGCCCGCUGCUGCCCCUGGAUAAGGGAGAGCUUUACCGCAUGUGCCGCGAGAGCCUGGACUGUGAUCCCAAAGUGGCAGAGAUCCUCGUGGCCCACCCGGAUCUCCUCGGUGACAGGCUCCUGGGCAGUUUCCUCAGCCUGAGCCCCGAGUACACCUUUGUGCUGGAGGAUGAGGAUGGCCCCUGUGGCUAUGCAGCCGGAGCGCUCCACGCCGAAGGCUUCCUGCAGCAGCGAGACAGCAGCUGGCUGCCAGCCAUAAGGCACAAGUACCCCCCAGAGCUGGGCACAGGGGGGGCAGCUCUGGGACAGGAUGCCUUGGAGGAAGCAGUGCUCUUCUUCCACACAGAGCCCCUGGCAGUGCCCCAGCCCGUGCUGAGGCGUUUCCCCUCCCUGGUACAGCUGGGCACAGCCCCCCGUGUGCUGGAUGUGGGGGCCAGUCGCAGCCUGGCCCUCUGCCUGCUGAGUGCACUCAGGGCCAAUGGCUCACGGGGAGUGUUCUGCCAGGUCAGUGACUCCGACAGGCAGCAGCUGAGCUUCUACAGCAAGCUGGGCUUUGUGGCCCUGCCCGUGGCCUGGGGCAGCUCUCCCGGCUCUCAGCUCCUGGGACGACUCCUCUGAUGACAGGGCACAGGGAGGCAGUGCCCCAGGCCAGGCUGAGCCCCCCAUCCUACACAGCAUCGGCCUGGGCAAGCGGGAGCAGAGGGGCACCUGGAGCAGACCAGGUACACAUGGGAGGGGACAUGGGGGUGAGCAGGAUGUCACUGGGGUGUGUGCAGGGCUGUGAGGUGCCUGGGUAGCAGAGAGCUAUUUCUGCUGCUCAAGGGAUUUGGUCACCUCUGUGCCACCCCAGCUGUUACUGUUUGCUGGGUACCCUGCACCUUCGCUGGGCACCCUCAGGCCUGCAGGAGCUCGUGAGCAGUGUUUGGGUUUGUGGUCCUGGGGCACAGCACGGUGCCUUAGUGCCACAGGAGUGUCCCUGUCAUGCAGGCUGGGCUGCCCAGCUCUCUCCAUGCCCUGUGUGGCCUGAGACUGGGCAGCCAGUGCUGGGGCUGGCUCUCAGCACUGAUGAGGACCUGCUGGUCUGUAUGGACUGAUCUGGUAUGGGAUGUGGUGAGGCAGCCUCUAUUUUUGUGCCUGGGGCCUGAGGGAAGCGCUGUCCUUGGCAAUAAAGCGUUUGCUGG